AUGAAUCGUCUCUUUGGUUCAAAAAACACGGCUCCCAAGCCGACCUUGAACAGCGCUAUACAAAAUGUAGACACGAGGAUCGACUCUCUCGAUGUCAAGCUCGCCAAAAUCAAUGCCGAACUCUCCACAUACCAGCAGAAACUCUCCAAGAUGCGCGACGGCCCCGGGAAACAGGCGAUAAAGCAGAAAGCCCUCAAAGUCCUACAACGGCGCAAAAUGUACGAGUCACAACGGGACCAACUCCAGCAGCAAUCAUGGAACAUGGAACAGGCCGGAGUGAUGCAAGAUAAUUUAAAGAACGUCAUGACCACCGUGGAUGCUAUGAAGACCACGAAUAAAGCGCUGAAACAACAAUACGGCAAGAUCAACAUUGACAAGAUAGAACAGAUGCAGGAUGAAAUGGCGGAUUUGAUGGAGAUUGGCAACGAGAUCAACGAAAGUAUAAGCCGCGCUUACGACGUACCCGAUGAAGUUGACGAGGCCGAGUUGGACGCCGAGCUGGAGGCGCUGGGCGAGGAUAUGAUGUUUGAGCAAGAGAUGGGUAUCGGCGAGAGUACCCCAGGUUUCCUGCAGGAUGAAGUCGCACCACCGCAGUUCGUGGAUGAGCCUCCGGAACAAGCAAAGGUCAAGGAAGCCGCCGGGGGUGUUGGCUGA